AGCGAGAAAACCCUAAAUAAGGGCACCCAUCGGAGCCCUUAAAAUGGUAGUGGUAGUAGCAUCUCCCUCCCCUCUCUCCCUCCUCCCUUCCUCCUACUCCCUCUCCUUCCCCUUCCCCGCCGCCUUCGUCCUCCUCGGCCGCCGCCGCCUCCGCUGCCGCCCCUUCGACUCCGCAGCCGCCUCCGGUGAGCCUCCGACAGGUCACCUUGGAGCAAUUUCAAGAAGAUUAGUUUCGAUUACAAAGAAUCCAAGCCUUCGCGCCAUGGGAGAUGAGGUAGCUUCGACAUCAGCUCCUCCACUAGAGGAAGCACCAAAUACUGAGGGAGAUAAAACUGGAAGCGUGAAGCAACUUCUGUCAAAAUUAGUCAAAUCAUCUCUUCGAGCAACAUUCCCCGAUUUGUUGGAUAUAGAGCCACUUGUUGCAGCCUCAGUAAAAUUUGGUGACUAUCAAUGCAACAAUGCCAUGAGUCUGUGGUCAAGAAUAAAAGGGUCGGGCACAAAUUUCAAGAACCCCAAUUCUAUAGGGCAGGCCGUUGCAAGAAAUCUUCCUCCUUCCGACAUCAUUGAAUCCACUUCUGUUGCAGGACCUGGAUUUGUGAAUAUAAUUUUGUCCAACAGAUGGGUUUCGGAGAGAAUCCAUGACAUGUUAAUAAAUGGCAUUAAAAAUUGGGCACCGGCGCUUCCUGUCAAGAGGGCUGUGAUUGAUUUUUCGUCACCUAAUAUUGCAAAGGAAAUGCAUGUCGGCCAUUUAAGGUCCACGAUAAUUGGAGAUACUCUAGCACGCAUGUUUGAGUUCUCCAAUGUUGAAGUUCUCCGACGAAAUCAUGUUGGCGACUGGGGCACCCAGUUUGGAAUGUUGAUAGAGUACUUAUUUGAGAAGUUCCCUAAUUGGGAGGAUGUUGGGACUCAAGCCAUUGGAGAUCUUCAGGAAUUCUACAAGGCAUCUAAAAAAAGAUUUGAUGAUGAUCCGGCCUUUAUGGAACGGGCUCAGCAGGCAGUAGUUAAGUUGCAGGGAGGAGAAGCUAAAUACCGUGAUGCCUGGAAAAAAAUCUGUGAAAUCAGCAGGAAUGAGUUUGACCAAGUCUAUCAGCGGCUUAAUGUUGUUUUGGAAGAAAAGGGGGAAAGCUUUUACAAUCCUUAUAUUCCAAGUGUUUUAGAGGAGUUAACUAGCAAAGGGUUGGUUAAGGAAAGUGAUGGUGCUCGUGUGAUAUUCAUUGAAGGGCAAACUAUCCCUUUGAUUGUUGUGAAGAGAGAUGGAGGAUACAAUUACGCCUCAACUGACUUAGCUGCUCUUUGGUAUCGGCUUAAUGUGGAGAAAGCAGAGUGGAUAAUAUACGUGACAGAUGUUGGGCAGCAACAGCAUUUUGAUAUGUUUUUCAGUGCUGCUAGAAUGGCUGGUUGGCUCCCAGACCCUGGGGAAAAGAUGUUUCCUAAAACAAGUCAUGUUGGAUUUGGGCUUGUUCUUGGAUCAGAUGGAAAGCGCUUCCGAACUCGAAGCUCAGAAGUUGUUCGAUUGGGAGAGUUGCUUGAUGAAGCUAAAGCUCGGAGUAAAGCUGAACUCGUACAACGUCUCAAUGAAAAUGGUAAGAUUGGUGAGUGGACAGAUGAAGAGCUUGAGAAAACUUCUGAGGCAGUCGGCUAUGGUGCAGUCAAAUACGCAGAUUUGAAGAACAAUCGAUUGACUAACUACACAUUCAGUUUUGAUCAAAUGCUAAACGAUAAGGGAAACACUGCUGUUUAUCUGCUGUAUGCGCAUGCUCGAAUAUGUUCCAUUAUUAGGAAAUCUAAUAAAGACAUAGAAGAGCUAAAGACGAUUGGGUCGAUUUCUCUUAAUCAUCCUGAUGAACGUGUUUUAGGGCUCCAUCUUAUCCGGUUUGCAGAGAUUGUUGAGGAGGCUUGCACGAAUCUCCUUCCAAAUGUUCUAUGUGAAUAUCUGUACAACUUAUCAGAAAUUUUCACUAGAUUUUAUACCAGUUGCCAGGUGGUUGGAUCACCUGAAGAGACCAGCAGGUUGCUAUUAUGCCAAGCUACUGCGGUCGUCAUGAGGAAAUGCUUCCACCUUCUCGGAAUCACUCCCGUCUACAAGCUAUAAAUUAUACUUCCUAUAGCACUUAAAUUUUAUGUCCAAUUUUUGAAUCAUGCAAAGUUUGCUAUCUCUUCGGGUGUAAUCUAACCAUUGUUAGUGAGAAAAUUAAGAGAUUAUUUUGAGGGAGGAAAAGCUUGGAAGUUGUGAAAAAGAUUAGAUUCAGUUUCUCAAUUUGAAUAGAAGGGGCUCGUACUCAACAUCGAAUUUUACGGUUGUUGCGAUUGAAUGGUUCGUGAUGUUUUAGUUUAUGUGGGUUAAACGGUUUGAUUU